UAUACGCGUCCAACUCGACGCCAUUUUCCUCUCCCCCCUUCUUCUCUUCCCGUUGCAAAUACAUCGACCUCCUGUUCUCCUAUCGAAGUUUCACUUUUGUGACAUACAAUUACACAUGCGCUGUCACACUAGUGUAUAUGAAGAUUACUGGUAACUUUCUUCUAAGGAACCGUUUACGUACCUACACUGACAACAAAACACUGAAGAAGUGGUUUUUCAUUGACAAGACUGUGGGUUGAAUCUGGUUGAAACAAGCUAGCCCUUCUUCCACCUAGUUUUUAGCCCCCCAAAAGACCAUUUUGCAUUUAUCCUAUUCAUUUAUUUCUCUCGUGUAUAAGAGCAAUAGCAAUACCUUGCAAUCUCGCAUGCCAUGUCUGAUCCUGUGGCAAAAAGCGAGACAGUGUUGGCACUGCUUUCAAAUAUGACGCCAUCUCCAGUCACAUCCAAGGGGAAUCCAUGUUGUUCCUUAAGUGUAACAUAUGUCAGUAGACGUAAACUUGUAGAAGUCGUCGAUGGACUACUCGGGGUGAUGACGCUGUCAUCAACCUGUACAAAACCAUGCGUACAUUCCGGAUCUGACGAAAUUGCCGCUGACAAUGCUUGGCUGGCAAAGUGCCCUUCUGCUUUAUCUUCCUUCAACCAAAUCAUAGCUAGCAUGGAGGGCAAGAAGAUCGCGUUGUUUCUGGACUAUGAUGGCACACUUUCUCCUAUCGUCAAUGAUCCUGAGAAAGCGUUUAUGUCCCCAGAGAUGCGCUCUGCUGUGAAGAAUGUAGCAAAGUUCUGCCCGACGGCAAUCGUCAGUGGGAGGUCCCGUGACAAGGUGUUUGAAUUUGUAAAGCUGAAGGAGCUCUACUAUGCUGGAAGUCAUGGGAUGGAUAUACUGGUACCUUAUUCAGGUUCUCAAAGUAUAACAAACGAUGACAAAGAAGCCAAACUGUUCCAACCAGCUAGAGAGUUUUUACCCAUGAUCAGUGAGGUCAACAAUUCCCUAGUGGAGGCCACUCGAUCAAUCAAGGGUGCAAAUGUUGAGAACAACAAGUUUUGUGUAUCUGUACAUUACCGCAACGUUGACAAGAAGGACUGGAAAUUGGUCGCGGAUAUUGUCGACAAUGUCCUGAAUGCUUUUCCUCGUCUCAAACUAACAACCGGACGAAAGGUUUUCGAAGUUCGUCCAGUGAUUGACUGGGACAAGGGAAAGGCUGUAGAGUUUCUGCUCCGGUCGCUCCGGUUAGAUGACCCUGAAAUUGUUCUUCCGAUCUACAUUGGAGAUGAUCGAACCGAUGAAGACGCGUUCAAGGUGCUCCGGCAGCGGAACUGUGGAUAUGGGAUUCUGGUUUCACAAGUGCCCAAGGAGACUGAGGCCAUCUACUCACUGCGAACCCCAUCUGAAGUGAUGGAAUUCCUCAAUUCUUUGGUGAGAUGGAAGGAACAAUCACCAUGAAUGAAUGAUCAAGAAUGAUAGCUCAGUAACAACUCAUCAGUUUAGUCAGGCAGAAAUGACAGUAGCAAUUAAGCAUUUCCUUCCAGGGCGAAUAUUUCACAGCGCUGGAGGUGGAUAGCUUAGGUAGUUGCCGACCUACUAAGAUGAUAUUUUCUUUUAGUUUUCCUUGACAAAGUUUAACUUUUUUUCCACCUUUGCCUGGGGAACUCUGCCACAAUUUGCAUCAUUUGUGAUUUGUUGGACGAAAGAACUUCGGUGAAGCUUUUUGAUAAAAAAAAAAGGCAUAUAGAUGCCUGGCGUUAAAUUAAUAAA